CACGAGCUCGAGAGCAGGGCUCUGUCAGUGAGGCGCGGAGGGAGCGGAGGACCGUUGGAGACCUCUGUACCUGCGGUCGAACGGAAUUCAACAAACAUGUCCGUUUAAAAGACUUUAACUCGAGCUUUGUUUGGAGAAGUGGACCAGAAAUUAAGACGUUUCUGUGGAGAAAUGGAGGCUGUCAGUAAGUGGACCACUCAACAGGUGGCGGAGUGGAUGAGAGGUCUGGAUGACAGCCUGCAGCAGUACAUCCCGUCCUUCCAGCGGCAGCAGAUAAAUGGGGAAAAGCUGCUGAAGAUGUCCCACCAGGAGCUGCUGUCUCUGGGCGUGUCUCGGGUCGGACACCAGGAGCUGAUGCAGGAGGCCGUGGAUCUGCUCUGUGCUUUGAACUAUGGUGUGGAGUCAGAUAAUCUGAAGACUCUGGUGGGGAAGAUGAGGGCGGCUCAUCACAAUCUGAACAGCGCCGUGUCGCAGCGCAGGAAGAAUCCCAUCUACAACAGCAAAAUCUCCCAUCAGCCCACCAACGAGUUCCUGACCGCCGUGAUGGAGCUGAUUGGAGCCGCCAAGAGUCUGCUGGGCUGGCUUGACAGAACUCCUCUGACGAGCGCCAACGACUUCACCUCCACCAAGAGCAGAAUCAUCCAGCUGUGCCUGGAGCUCACCUCCACAGUGCAGAAGGACUGCACUGUUUACGAGAUCGAGGAGAAGAUUCUGGAAGUGUCCCGAGCUCUUAACGGCGUCUGUGAGAAGACAGUGCAGGCAACGUCUGACCCCUCCAAGAGUGAGAUGUCGUGUCUGGAGGAGGUGCACAUCACCAAUGUGAAGCCCGGGGAGGGACUGGGUAUUUACAUCAAAUCCACCUAUGACGGCCUUCAUGUCAUCACUGGAACUACGGAGAACUCUCCUGCAGAUAAAACUCAGAGGAUUCAUGCUGGAGAUGAAGUCGUUCAGGUCAACAGACAGACAGUGGUGGGCUGGCAGUUGAAGCACCUGGUGGAGAAGCUGAGGGCGGAGGCGGGAGGCGUGACCAUCGUGGUGAAGAAGAGGCCGUCUGGAAUUUCGGGAGGCUUCGCUCCAGCGCCGCUGAAGAACCUGCGCUGGAGACCGCCUAGUGUCCAGAACUCUCCAGGAGCUCCAGGUCUCAUCAAAUCUCCACAUCCAGAAACCUCAGUGAAGAGAGGAAAGACAACCAUCCUGGAUUUAUACAUGCCUCCUCCUCCUGCAGCUCCGUACAAACCACAAGACGUGAACAUGAACGUGUCUCCUGGUGUCAAAAUGAGGCCCAAGUCUCCAAACUCGUGUCUGGACGCAGACGCUCGUCGACGCUCCAGUUUUAUGGAGAACAAGAGGACGUCUGUCAGCCCUCCAGCUGAAGUCAACAAACCUGUCCCAGUUUCUCUGAGACAGCGCUCAUCUGGACGCUGUAAACCCCGACCGGUCUCCAUGCCCGUGGAGAUCUCAGGAGCGUCCGACUUUUCCUCCAAACCCAGUCUGAAGGGGCGGAAAGGUAACAGCAUCCUGCACAGAUAUCUGAGUAACGAGGGGAUCAGCACCAUCACCGAGGAGGAGCCGUGUUACCCUCUGCCCUACAGAGGACACCCCUUAGUCCGCGGCGUCGACCACAUCAGAGGCAGCCAGUGCUUCAUCAGCUCUGACCUGCACAACAGCGCCACCAUCCCUUACCAGGAAGCGGCGUCCAAAAAGUCCUCGUCCACCAGCUCUGCUGCAGUAAACAAACAGUCCACGUCUCUGUUUGGAGGUCUGCUGAGCCGUCUCCGGCUGCUCAGUCACUGACCGAGGCUGAAUGUGGUUUAGAGAGUCAGCAGGAUCCAUCACAAGGAGGUUUUCUCCUUUCUCAACCUCAGGACAUCUUUAAGGCCUAAACUGAGAGACAAGAAACCAUAAAAACGUCUGGAUUCAAAGAUCUCAUGGUGAAGAAGGUUAAAAAUGACUCACUAGUACUAGUUUUUCAUAUUUACCAGGUCAGUUUUCUCAGGAUGUUUUCAGGUGUGAGUCUAAGGAUUAAAAUGAUGUUUUCUAUAGUUUGACAUGAAAAUGAGUUGUGAGUACCUGAGAAGGAUUUAUUCAGAUUAAAACAGCUAUCUACACAGAUUAAACCAAUGACUAUAGAGAAAGUACAAGUUUUCACCACCACCACAGGCUCUCCUACGCUCUAUGAAGAGGAAGGGCUGUCGUUUUAUGGUCUUAUUUUAUCCACAGAUGUUUCUAAGUCCUUCACACUGCACCCUGAAAGGUCACAUAUUUGACCCCUUUAAGACAAGUUUAUAUCGGUCUCAGAGGUCCCCAAAACAUGUCUGUGAAGUUUGUUGCUGUAAAAACUCUCCAGUAUUGAUUUCUGCAUGUCUAAAAACCCCU